GAGAGAGAGAGAGAGAGAGAGAGGAGGGUAUUAACUCCUUCGCCGUAACUCGUUACAUUCGAGAUUCAAGGUUUCAAACCCAUUGAGAGAGAAACCGAGAGCGACAAAACCCUUCCUACUCUUCCCACCCCAUUCUCUCUCUCUCUCUCCACCACUCCCACUCUCUCUCUAUCUCUAAAGUCUAAAGCAUCUUCCCAUUCUCUCACUAGAAAAUGUCCGACUACUCACCGGACUCUGACAGUGAGACAAAUUCCGACAUGUUAAAUUCCGGCCAGAGCUCAGCAAGCGAUAGCAGCAGCGGGAGUCUCUUGAGCCGCCUCUCCUUUGAAAACCUCACCGGAAAGUCGCCGGAAAAUCAAAUUCCGGCCAUUCCACUAAAGCCCCACAAAACCCACGACUCGGCCUGGGAAGCCAUUAAAGCUGCAAAAAUCAAGCAUGGGGGCCUCAAUUUCAGGGAUUUUAGACUAAUUAGGAGGUUGGGUUCAGGCGAUAUUGGCAAUGUUUAUCUAUCUAGAUUGAGAGGAGGGGAUUAUUACUACGCCAUGAAAGUUGUGGACAAAGAGGCUUUAGAGGCGAAGAAAAAGCUUCACAGAGCAGAAAUGGAGAGGAAGAUUCUGGCCAUGCUUGAUCAUCCAUUUUUGCCUACUCUUUACGCAGAGUUUGAGGCUUCAAAUUUCUCUUGUGUGGUAAUGGAGUUUUGCUCUGGUGGGGAUCUCCAUACUCUCAGACAUAGCCAAAAGCGGAAGAGGUUCAGCUUGAGCUCAGCCAGAUUUUAUGCAGCCGAAGUCUUACUAGCACUAGAGUAUCUCCACAUGUUGGGCAUCAUCUACCGAGAUCUCAAACCGGAGAAUGUCCUCCUCAGAUCGGACGGUCAUAUCAUGCUCUCCGAUUUCGAUCUCUCCCUCAAAUCAACAGCUACAAAUGCAUCACUUGAGAUCCCCGUCGCUUCUCCGGCAAACCGAAACUCACCGGAGAAGUGGCCGGAUGAUGAUGUUGCUCCAUCUUGCCUUUGUUUUUUGAGGCCCAAACUCAAAAAACCGGCUAUUAAUCGCGAGUUCAUCGCCGAGCCGGUACAUGCGAGAUCCUCCUCUUUUGUGGGUACCCACGAAUAUAUAUCGCCGGAGGUGGCAUCGGGCGGGGCCCACGGCAACGCCGUAGAUUGGUGGGCAUACGGCAUCUUCUUGUACGAGCUCGUGUACGGCUGCACGCCGUUCUCUGGGGAAAAUAACAGCGUUACAUUGAGGAACAUUGUGAAGAGGCCCUUGACCUUUCCGCCUGGGAUUUCGCUCGAAAGAACGUUGGAAACGGCGUUAAGAAGCCUGAUAACGGGGCUUCUAGAAAAGGACCCUAGAAAACGGCUCGGUUCCAAGAGGGGUGCGGCCGAAAUCAAGACGCAACCGUUUUUUCGUGGUUUGAAUUUUGCGUUAAUUCGGUCUGCAACGCCCCCUGAAAUUCCCGGAUUUCGGCGAACGAAGACAAGUUAUCAGAGAAAACCAUCUUAUUUUGAUUAUUUUUAAUUGUUUCCUCUUUGUUCAGAAAAGAAAACUCUCUGCUAAAUCUAGUGGGGGUCCUAAAUUUGGCAGGUAUUGGGGCUGACCGUUACUUGUAUAUAUUGUAUACAAUGUUACAUGCUGAUUGCUCUUUGGUAA